AUGGGGGUGGAGGCGAGCGAGAGAGCGGAUGUUGCUGAAGAAGCUGGGGAGGCAAGACGAGGGCGGCGUGGCGUUCCGUGGCCGCGGUGGCCAGAGGGGCGGCUCCAUGUCGCGGUGUAUGAGGUGCCUAGAGGAGGAUGCUGCGGCAGGUUAAACUCCUCUCCCGUUGUAGAGCAGUCCGCAGUGCCAUCACCGUCGUCCUUGCCUUCGAGCCAUCCGUGCCGCCGUCGCCGUCGCCUAGAGGACGCCGGUAGGAAGCAGCAGCUCACCGUUUCCUUGGUCCCCGCCGACGCCAAGCGAGAAGAGAAGGUGAGAUCGAAUUUGUCUGAUCUUUCUUUUUCCCUGUCCCUCCCAUGGAUUUUCCCGGAUCUUGGCACGUGUGCUGUAGGUGUAGCAAAUUGGACAAGCUACAUCGCUAAUGCCGGGUGUACGGAGCUCAGGAAGGCUAUCUGCAACAAGCUUCAGGAGGAUAAUGGUCUAACCUAUAGCCCAGAUCAUGUGCUAGCGACCAAUGGGGCUAAGCAAUGCACUACACACGCUGUUCUUGAUGUUCUCUCAUGUGGUGAUGAGGUAAAUUUGAAGCCUAAGGUGCCAACAAAGGUAGUUUGUGCUGAACAUCUUGAGUUACAGAACGAGAUACUCACACUGCUUAACAUACAGAGGAUUUAG